GCGCCGCGGUCGCGGGCUGCUGACGUGAGCGGCCGUGCUGGGGGCCGCGGGUGCGGGGGGCCAUGGCGGUGGACAUCACGCUGCUGUUCCGGGCCAGCGUCAAGACCGUGAAGACGCGCAAUAAAGCGCUGGGCGUGGCGGUGGGCGGCGGGGCGGACGGCAGCCGCGACGAGCUGUUCCGCCGGAGCCCGCGGCCCAAGGGCGACUUCUCCAGCCGGGCCCGGGAAGUGAUUUCGCACAUUGGCAAGCUGAGAGAUUUCCUUCUGGAGCACAGGAAGGAUUACAUCAACGCUUACAGCCAUGUCAUGUCUGAAUAUGGGAGGAUGACGGACACAGAGCGAGACCAGAUAGACCAGGACGCCCAGACGUUCAUGAGGACCUGCUCGGAAGCAAUCCAGCAACUCAGGACACAAGCCCACAGGGAGACGCACUCGCAGCAAGUGAAGGAGCACAGGAGCGCGGUCCUGGACUUCGUCGAGGACUACCUAAAAAGAGUCUGUAAACUCUACUCAGAGCAAAGGGCCGUCCGUGUCAAGCGCGUGGUGGACAAGAAGAGACUGUCCAAGCUGGAACCAGAGCCAAAUACCAGGACAAGGGAAUCCAGCUCUUCUGAGAGAGCUUCCCAGAGCUCUUUAAAAGACUCUGAAGAAAAAUCCAUCAUUGAGGACUAUCCAGAAAAGAUUCCCGCUGACACGCAGCCUGAGCUGGGGACCUGGGGAGAUGGCAAAGGUGAUGACGAAUUAUCCCCAGAAGAAAUACAGAUGUUUGAACAGGAAAACCAGCGCCUGAUUGGCGAGAUGAACAGCCUGUGUGACGAGGUGAGGCAAAUUGAAGGGAAAGUGGUUGAAAUUUCCAGACUCCAGGAGAUAUUCACGGAGAAGGUUUUACAACAGGAGGCCGAGAUUGACAACAUCCACCAGCUUGUGGUUGGGGCAACUGAGAACAUCAAGGAGGGCAACGAGGACAUCAGAGAGGCCAUCAAGAACAAUGCCGGCUUCCGCGUGUGGGUGCUCUUCUUCCUGGUGAUGUGCUCCUUCUCCUUGCUCUUCCUCGACUGGUACGACAGCUAGCCGGCCGCCGCGGAGCGUGGCACGAGGGCUGACAGACACGCUCCCGACAGACACCAGGCCUGAGGCGCGCAGUCCCCAGGCGGGCCGGGGAUGGGGGCGGCCCCUCGUUCCUUGCGGCUUCCUCUCUGCCCGAGCCAGAUGCCGCCCAGUGCGCCCCGUCAGUGCAGUCAGUGCCGCUGUGGGUGGCGGGGAGCUCGGGCCUGGCUGCUGCCCCAACACCCUCCUGCCCCUGGCCCGUGCACCAACCCUGGAAGCAGACCUGGACGCCCCCUGGGAUGGAAGCGCAGGACCCACCCCGCCCUGCCGGCCACAGGCUGCAGACAGCCCCAGGAAGCCACAGGGUCCCGGGGUGUGUUCGCAGAGGGAACAUGUCGGGUUCCGUGUGGACAGUCAAUAAAGCGCAGCCGGCAGCCACCCGCUCCCUCAUGGUGCCCGCCGGGCGUGUGCACGGUCAGGAAACAGCCAUGGGGCUGCCCCCAACCACCGCGCUCGUUUGCAAAAUCAGGCACUAGUAGAGCGACACCGACACGCUGGCCGGGAACACCGGCUGGAAACGCGGGCAGAAUCGUGACUCUUCCCCGGGUCAUCGUCGUCCACUCUUGGUUUACCUGACAGUUCUGCCCGGUUUGCUAGUUGUGCUGCCAGCCUUGCUGCCUCACGUCUAAGGGGCAGUGGCGUCUGUGCGCAGGGUGCCGUCCCCUGGCUUCCGAGCAUCACAGCUCCCCUUUUCCACCGAGCUAAGCAGGGCCGUGGGUGCAAACUCAUGCCCAGGAGCAGUGCACAGAGGGCCAGUGGGUCUUCCUCCCUCACACCUCAGCAGACCCCACCCCCGCCCCGUCCAGAGCCCUGCC